AAUAAAAAAUCUACUAUUUAUUAAUUGUGCAAUUGAUUGGAUUUGGUGUAAACUAUUUGAUAAUUUCUUUAUUAGGCAUAACUAAGAAAAAAUGUCAACCCGAAAUCUGCGUAAAAUGGUUGGUGGGCCAGCUUUGCCACCACCUGAAAGUGGUUCCGAUGAUGAAUAUGAACCGACAUAUGUGAAAAACUCAUUCAAAAGUAACUAUGAUGGGUUGUUAUUAAGUUCAAGUUCCGAGUCAGAGUGUCAAGAGAAAUCAAAUGACGACAAAGAUGAGAGUGAAGAGGAGCUGCAGCCAAAACUGCAGCCUACCAAAAAGAAAAAUAACAGAAAACGCAAAAAAUCAAGAAAAUUGUCUAUUAACAACAAGGAUACAUUUGAUAUGGACGAAAUCGACAAGUCUUUAUUAGAGGUGAAUGCGCUACUGGGGGAACCAACUUACAAACCACCAUCUUCCCCACAAAUCGACAAAGCAGAGGAUGUAGCGAACAAACUGUUUGGUGUCCAGUUCAAACAUUUGAAUGCUUCCAACGAGCUCACCAGAUUAUUCGGUCCUGAUGAAGAGGAUGAAGCUAAUAGAAGGAGAGGUCGUCAACAGAAUUUGAGACGAGUGCAGAGGGGAUCUUUUAUACCCAAAGAAUACAGCUUUCAUGCAAAAGGUCUGUCCAUGUCAAUGAAUCGGAAGGAUAAGGAUUACACAUAUUUCACUUUCGACCACAGCCGAGAUUAUCAGAACAUGCAUAAGACAUUUCUCUCUAUGAUGGUGCAGGGAUUGAGCGAUUUGAUGCAGCCUACAGGAGAAGCAUUGAGAAAUAUGCAUGUAGAAGAAUUAAUAGAGAUAGCAGAUGUACUGUUUCGUGUAGAGGAGUACUCCCAGGCUACGGAGUUGAUAGAGACCUCUAUAGCUUACAUGUUACACUCUACAUCACCAUUCUUUAAUAUCACAAACAGGAAAACGCGUUUGGAAUACAAGUUUGUUGAGAACCGACCAUUUCAUAUUCUGCUACUGAAGUACAUCUACUUGCUGACGAACAAGGCCUGUCACAGGACAGCGUUGGAGGUGGCAAAGCUACUCAUGAAUUUGGACCCAUCUGACCCCCUGGGGGUACAACUGAUCAUAGACACAUUAGCCCUUAGGGCCAGGGAACAUCAGUGGCUGAUUGACACAAUCAAUCAUCUGACCAUAAAGAAGAAUGCAGCGUACAUGUUCAACAUGAGAUAUUCUUAUGCCCUCGCAUACUUCCAUGUGCUGACUAAGAAGAAAGAGGAUCUGAAAGUAGCGGACAAUAUUCUGAAAAGUGCAAUAUUGAGGUUCCCGUCGUUCGUCAAGAAUCUGCUAGACGCUGCUAAACAGAAACCAAGUCCAAUACUCCAAAACAGCCUGCUGUAUACCGCAUACGCCACGGCCACGACCUCAAAAUCGCUGAAGGAAACAAUAAACCUGUACGCCCACUUCACGUGCACGAAGUGGCGCGAGCAGCCCGUCAUGCAGUGGUUCCUCAGAAACGCCGAGGAGAUCAGCAUCAAGUUCGACGAAGACUCCAAAACUAAAGCUAGAGCAACGAUAUUUGCUAACGUCAGGAAUACUCUAUUCAUGGGAUGGCCGGAGGAAAUAAUCAGACAUUUCUCCGUAGUGCAGCCAAUGUCAAACUUUGUUGUUGAUGGGGCGGUGCCGAAGAUACCCCAAACGUUUAGCUUCAACCCGGCGCCACCUAAGAACACAGUAGACCGGUACGGCUACACCAAGUUCAGCCACCACGCCGUCGACUCCAACAGCCCGUUCAUAGUGCGAUUCUUCUCCACAAUAUUCCCCGGGUAUAACUUGUUCCGACCUAAUAAUGGAUAUGACAUGCAAAGACUACACGAGACAUUCUACGACGAGAACGCGGCUCCUCCCGCCCAGGAAACCCAGGAAUACCAGGAACCACCACCCACACUCAUGGAUGACAUGUCGUCAGAUGAGGACGCCAACACGCUCGAGGACAGGGCCACGAAUGAGGAUAACACACAGCACGUCUUCAACGUCAUCGAGGAACCGGAAGUGUUAGAGGAACUUAACAGACAGUCGAUGAGACGUCACGAUUUGCAAGUUAAACUAAAAAUGUACCAGACGUCCUACAGUCGAACGGCAGUGUUUUGUAUUAUUGCAGCGGAAUUCUGUGAAAGAUUUUCAUUUUGUGGACUUAGAACUAUACUCUCCCUAUAUCUGCGGAAUGUGCUGUGCCUCCACGAGAACUCUGCUACAGUGGUCUACCACAUAUUCAUCAUGAUGUGCUACACACUACCGCUGGUCGGCGCCAUACUCGCUGACAAUUUCUUAGGAAGAUACAGGGUGAUUGUAUACUUCUCAGUGAUAUAUUUGAUUGGGGCUAUACUGACGUGUUUCGCCACCAUACCUCCGUUGACAUUACCACCCAUGGCUACCUCAUUGGUCGGUCUAGCAUUGAUCGCUGCCGGCACUGGGGCCAUUAAGCCCUGUGUCGCUGCCUUUGGAGGUGACCAGUUCCAUCUACCCCGCGAGAACCAAAGCCUCCAGCGUUUCUUCACCAUCUUCUACUGUACGGUGAACCUGGGAGGCUUCGUAGGUAUGGUGGUGACACCGGCGGUCCGGAGGAGUUUCAUGUGCUUCGGCGACGACACCUGCUACGCGCUCGGCUUUGGACUCCCCGCUCUACUAGUAUUUAUUUCGAUUUGUAUAUUCGUUGCCGGAAAACCGUGGUACAGAAUAAAGAAACCUCGAGACAAUGUUACUAUGAAAUUCGUUUUGUGCACUCUGUACUCUCUGAAGGGUCGGUUUCGUUGCGACAGAGGUCUAGACGGCAUACCACGUGCCCAUUGGUUGGAUUACUCCAGAGACAAGUAUGGGGAGAAACUGGUGGCUGACAUGAAAGUGGUAUUCUCCAUUCUGUACCUGUUCCUGCCCGUGCCGAUAUUUUGGUCUCUGUUUGACCAGCAGGGUUCACGCUGGACGUUCCAAGCGUCACGGCUGACGAGUGAAGUGUUCGGUAUCACGCUGAUGCCAGACCAGCUCCAAGUUCUAAACCCAGCUCUGGUCCUCCUGAUGAUGCCGGUAUGCCCCGGCGGGGCCUGGUCUAUCCUGCCGGAGAUGGAUCCCCUCAAGAAGAUGUUUGUUGGUGGCAUACUGACGAGUCUGGCUUUUGUGAGCGCUGGUAUCCUGCAAAUUGCUAUUGAGCGUUCCACGUUACAAACACCAAGGAGUGAGGAGACUGGCUUGGUGAUAUUAAACACUUUACCUUGUGCUGUUGAGCUGGCCGUGUGCGGUGGAGGGAUAGCCUCCAUCAAGCCCUCCUCCACCUUCCUCAUGACGUCGCUACCUCAUAGAGAGUAUGCAAUGGCAGUGAGCUGUUCCUCCGACUGUGACGGACGUGUGAUGAUGAGACGUGUGAUCACCACACAUCUGAAAACUGCGCCGGGAAUGUUUAUGCCAAUUAUUGUUGGUCAAAACUCUGAUGAUGAGCUGUCUCUAUACUAUAUGGAUCCUAGUACCCUGACGAAGUCUUUGACAGGAAAGCCUAAAAUGAAGGUGGUGUACGUUGGCAAAACUGGACCCAACAGGAACGUCUCUAUCUCAGUGAAAUCUGACAAAAGGAUAAGUGACGUAUACUACGUGUCUGAUUCGUCGCCGGAUGACGUCAGCGAAUCCGCCUUCAUGUGCAUGCAGCCUGGAAAGUUCAAAUGGCGAGCCGAAAGUACCACUGGGAGCUGGGCUGGGGAAGGUCAUCUUCGUUGUGGGGGAGUGUAUAUCCUGUGUCUUCGGGAAAGGUCAGGGGUUUUGGACGCAGCGGUACUCCACGCCCCGAACCCGCCGAAUGAACUCCAUCUUGUGUGGAUCAUACCGCAGUAUAUCCUUAUAUCGAUCGCCGAAAUCAUGUUCGCUAUAUCAGGACUGGAAUUCUCUUUUAUGCAGGCACCGAAAAGCAUGAAGACAAUUACAAUAGCAGCGUGGUAUGUGUCCGUGGCGUUUGGGAAUUUGAUCGUCAUCUUAGUCACACAAUCGAAGGUUUUCCAAAAUAGGGCGACGGAAUUCUUUGUGUACGCUGCCACCUUGACAAUCGCUAUGUUGGUAUUUUUAAAGAUGACAAAAGGCUUUUGUUCAAGAACAAUGGAAGGCGAUGGAUCCUCCACCGAGUCGCAUCCCCUCCUCAACCGACACUCCACGGCCACUUCGCUGCGUUCGACCUCGAGUAUAUUGUAUUUUGGGACUGACAAUUUGUCUUGUUUGGGCCUGACGGACGAGGCCACAACUUGGCCUACCCAGGCCUUGGUCCAUAUUGGGACCCCUAGCACUAGCGAGGCCCAUUUCACAUCAUUAGCAAAGGAAUAAGUCCCAUAAUA